AUGAGUAUCUUAAACAAGGUCAGACAGUUCCCAGAGUAUCAUGAUAUGAUUGACAAGAGCGACAAGCUCCGUGGCGACGAAGUUAAAAUGAUCGAUGGCUACACAAACGGCUACGGAGAAUGCUAUAAUGUCUACUACAAGAAGCAACCACAGGAUCUUCAAGAAUCUUAUGAAACAAUCGGAAAGGUUUCAACAGAUCUUAUCAACUCACUCAAACAGGACUUCUCUGUUAAGACAGAUUGCCAAACAGCAUUUGCCAGCUUAAAGCAAAGACAAGAAACCCUUCUUGCUGAAUACAACAAGAUGAACGCUAAGGAGGAAGAAGCCAGAAAGGCCCGUGAAACAGCUUCUAAGGAAGAGGCUAAGCUUGCAAACGCAAAUUCAAAGGGAAACCAGGCUGAGAUCGCUAAGCAAGAAAAUAUUCAGCAGGCUGCCAGACAGAAAGCUGAUACAUUAACAGAAACAGCCAACAAGAUGCACUCAGAUUACGAUGCUUCCCAGAAGAAGCACGCCGUCGAUUUCGUUGACGAUUGGGUUUCUCAGAUGAAGAAGGUUAUUGCUGCCGAGAAGGAAGUUGCUGGACAAUACUAUAACAUCGGUGAAGCAAUUUAUAACGCCGGACAGAAAUUCUCUACAAUCAACGAUCCUUCCAUUCCAAAGCUCGAGGAAAGACUCAAGCAGUGGGAGGAGUACCAAGUUGAUUAA